AUGACUGAGGUGAAUGUCCAUCUAAGUGCACAGGCAUUAGAUGAGAUUUUCAAACCAGCCGCUUAUUUGGGCAAUAUUCAGGCACAAAUUGAUGCCGUACUACAAGCAGCACAAGGACAACUUGCGGUUCAAAUCCAAGGCGUAAAAGAUGCACCAGUGAUUAUAUUUUCUAACUCACUUGGAACGGAUCAUGGUAUGUGGCAAGCGCAAGUAGAUGCUUUGGCGCAACACUAUCAGAUCAUCACUUAUGAUACCCGUGGGCAUGGUGCGAGUGAUGUGAUUGCCAACAGUACACUGCAAAACUUUGCAGACGAUGUGAUUGAUAUCUUAGAUACAUGGCAUAUUGAAAAAGCACAUUUUUGUGGAAUUUCAAUGGGUGGUAUUACUGCACUCACAUUGGCAAUUGAAUACCCUGAGCGUUUUUAUAGCAUCACCGUUGCAAACUCAGCCGCCAAAAUUGGUACAGCUGAAGCAUGGACUACCCGUGCCGAUAGCGUUGAGCAACACGGACUGGCUGAAAUUGUCAAAACCACACAUACACGUUGGUUUAGUGAGCAUUUUGAUUAUGCACAUGAUGUGCUUGCUCAAAAAACCAUUCAAAGUUUAGCUGUGACGCCUGCACAAGGCUAUGCCAAUGCGUGUCGAGCAUUGGCGGAUGCCGAUGUUCGAGAUCAGCUCAAUCAAAUUCAAAUCCCGACUUUAAUUAUCGCAGGUCAAUAUGACCCUGUAACGACGGUUCAGGAUGCAGAAUUUAUGCAUCAAUCCAUUCCAACCAGUCAACUUGAAAUCUUGGCAGCUUCUCAUUUGUCCAAUAUUGAACAACCACAAGUGUUCAAUCAGGCAUUGUCCAAGUUUAUUCAGAACAUAUAA